GCUUUACCCACUCUAUCAACAUCAUAAUAUCAAAAUGUCCAGAAUUGAGAACGAAAGCGGAUUUUUGUCAUCUGACGCCGCAAGUGUUGGAUCCGAAGACGAUAAAGUUGAGAUGAAGAAAAGAAACGGAACGAUUCCAAAGGAAGAUCAUUUGAAAUCAAUGUGCAAUGCCUAUCAGAGCAUCAUUCAACAUGUCGGAGAAGACAUCAAUCGUCAGGGACUUCUGAAAACUCCAGAACGUGCUGCCAAAGCAAUGAUGGCAUUCACAAAGGGAUACGAUGAUCAACUUGAUGAGCUCCUCAACGAGGCAGUAUUCGACGAGGAUCACGAUGAGAUGGUUAUUGUGAAAGAUAUUGAAAUGUUCUCCCUUUGUGAGCAUCAUUUAGUUCCAUUUAUGGGAAAAGUUCAUAUUGGAUACAUUCCAAACAAGAAGGUUCUUGGUCUGUCCAAGUUGGCAAGAAUAGUCGAGAUGUUCAGCAGAAGACUUCAAGUCCAAGAACGUCUUACAAAGCAAAUUGCCACCGCAAUGGUUCAAGCUGUACAACCAUCCGGAGUUGCAGUUGUUAUUGAAGCUAGUCACAUGUGUAUGGUAAUGAGAGGAGUUCAAAAGAUCAAUGCUUCCACCACAACAUCCUGCAUGUUGGGAGUAUUCCGUGACGAUCCAAAGACUCGCGAAGAAUUCCUUAAUCUUAUCAACAAACGCUAAAAAUUCUAGUCAUUUCCUUUUUUACUUGUUUUUUUGGGUUUUAACUGUUACUAACUUUUCAUAACUUUCCAUGUGAAUCUACUAACAUCUUAUGCUUCAGCUUUUUAAAUUCAUACAACAUGUUCAUUGCCUGGAUACUGUAAUAUGCUUUUAUUGUACAUGCAAUAAAUUACUAAAUACCAGAUAAAUAAAAACAAAAACAAUUAA